GUGAGAAGCCCUUCAAGUGCGAGUUUGAGGGCUGCGACAGGCGCUUCGCCAACAGCAGCGACAGGAAGAAACACAUGCACGUCCACACCUCGGACAAGCCCUACAUCUGCAAGGUGUGCGACAAAUCCUACACCCACCCCAGCUCACUUAGGAAACACAUGAAGGUGCACGAAUCCCAGGGGUCGGACUCUUCCCCUGCAGCCAGUUCGGGGUACGAGUCCUCCACCCCCCCUGCGGUGGGCUCUGCCGGCA